CAUGAAGAGGCGGGACUUGAGCGCGUCUUAGUGAUGAGCUGAUGUUGACUUCCAGCGUUUCUUUUUUAAAUUCGUAUUUUCUGUGUCCCCGUAGAUGGACGGAACACUUUGAUUCGGAGCUACCCUCAAGUGCACGUUCAAAUUCACAUUUCAUCGGAGAGUUAGCUUCUAUUCACACCCUAAAGAUGCGCAGCGCACGGAGCCCCCCGUCCAUCUCGGCCACCCCACCGGGGGACGCGCCGGACCUCAGCUUGUCCGGCUCGCGGAUCUCCGUCGUCUCCGAGAGACCACGCGGCUGCGGCGACUCGCCCGGGAAGUUCUUGGCCCGCUCCGUGUCCGUGUCGGCGCCGUGCGAGCUGCGAGGGAAACGCAACACCUCGAGCGACGCCUCGGGAAGCUCCCGCUCGGUCAAGAACCUGCGGCGCUCCAACAGCGCCGCGCACGUCGACCGGCAGGCCGACGUCGCGCUCAGUCCGGACCAGCGCGGCGAUUACCUGACGGCGUUGGACAGCGGCGUCGACGGCCCAAAGAAACCGGACGGAACCACCUGGAACAUCUUGGACGAGCGGCCUCGGGCGCCCGCCGCGCUUUACGGCGCGCGCCGCGGCGCCGGCACGGCCCCGCCCGCCGGCUCGAAGGGACGAGACUCCGCCGCGUCCUUCACCGCCAACAACAGGAGCAACAAGGGCGCCGUGGGGAACGCCGUCACCGCCAUCCUGCACAACAACCACGGCGAGAAGCCGCUGACGCCCAAAAGCUCCAACCAGAGGCCGCCCUUCAACAACAUCUUGAAGGCCAACGACGACGUCUCUCUAGAGAGCGCCUCCCUCACCAAGUCCCAGAAGAACUUCUCUUCCGCGUCGUCCAACGACAAAAGUCCGGCCGGGCGAGGUUGCCCGCUCCCGCGGCGCCGUGAACAAGUCUCUGAGGAGGAGGCGGAGAGGUUCAUCCAGCAGGUCAACCAGGCGGCCGUCACCAUCCAGCGCUGGUACAGACGGCACGCCGGGAGGCGCAGCGCCAACCGGGCGGCACUGCGACACGUCCUGGACAGCAAAAGAAAGGAGUGGCGGGAGCGAGCGGAGGACGAGAGUCGCCCGGAGCCGCCCCGAGACGACCGCAAGCUGAUUCGGGAAGAAAAAGCUCACCGGGCGCGCCUGGCUGCUAUCCAGGAGCUGCAGCAGAAAAGAGCCCAUCAUCAUCAGGGCGCGGAGGUGGAGCAUCGGCGGCCAGGCAAGAAGUCGCCCAAGAUUUUCUCAAGCAACACCGUGCCAACCUCACCUGGCGGCAACCUCACAACUGCCAUCAUGUCGCCCACACACGCCAAAGCCAACAACACAGCAGACUCGAGCGAAGUGAGCCUCAGGGCGGCCUCGCCGACGUUGUCCAACAACAGAGCCUCGCCGUGUGCGCAGGAGCGCGACGCCGUUGCCGUGGAAGACAAUGUCGGCUCGGUGCAGCGUCGGGACGACGACAGGAAGUGGACACGUCAGCCGAGACCUCGCUUGUCUCGCCUGGCGAUCCCCGAGCCCGACACUUGUGACGUUGUCACAAGUAUGCUGAUUGGUCCAACGGCGCCCCCUGUUGGCGGUGUUCUGUCGGACCCGCAGCAAGUCGCGCCACCCGAGCCGGAAACCCCGAGGCCGACCUCGGGCGCCAAGUUUCCCCUGAGUCCUUCUUCGCCCAGGAACAUUAGCCCCGUGUCGGCGGCCGACGUCAAGGCCAAGAAUACAGAAUCCGGGCUGAACUUUCCGCCCGACGUCUGCGAGCUGUCCUGUUUCCGAGCCGUUUCGCCGUCCUUGUCCAGUUGCAGAGGGUCUCAGUGCUCGCAGGAGCUUCGUCGCAGGUAUUUGAGCGGCGGUGAGGACCGAUCCUGCGUGGCGUCGAAGUCCACCCUCAACGACCUGCUGGACACGCUCAAACUGCUGGAGGAGGAACCGGAGCGCCUCACCGAGCCCAAAUGUUACAACAAAGACAAAUACGCUUGGCUCGACGAGGACGUCGAUGCGGACUCUCUGACGGCUGACAACCUGGAGCGUCACGUCCGGCUCAGCCUGCCGGCGCCUGCGGACGGAGCGGCGCUGCUGUCGGAGGCCAAGCUGCAGAGCAUCAUGAACUUCCUGGAUGAGAUGGAGAAGUCGGAGCAGGAGCGCCCGCGUUCGGCCGCCUCGCACAGAGAGGCGGCGUUCUUGGAGGAGGAGGCGGCGCCCGUGGCGGACCAGGCUUCGGCCACCGCCGCCCAAGUGUCUGGAUCCAUCAUGAGGAUCAAGAUGGAGCUGGAAGAGAAGAAGCGUGUGGUGGAAAUGCUGCAGAACGCGCUGGCCCAGCAGAGAGAGCUGACGGUGCAGCACGUGAAGGAAACGGAGAAGGAGCUGAGCCGAAACCUUCAACUGCAGAGGGACCAGUACGAAGCGACGGUGCAGAGACACCUCGCCUUCAUAGACCAGCUGAUCGGCGACAAAAAAGCUCUGAGCGAGCGAUGCGAGGGCGUCAUCGCCGAGCUGAAGCUGGUGGACCACAAGUACACCAAGAAGAUCUCGCAGAUGCAGGAGCAGCACGAAAUGGUUUGGCAAAUCCUGGGUCCGCUGUGCGAGGAGAUCAAGAAGCUGAAGGAGCUGAUGAGCGUCACGGAGAAGAUCCGACGGGAGAAAUGGAUCGACGAGAAAACCAAGAAGAUCAAAGAGAUUACGGUUAAAGGUUUGGAGCCCGAGAUCCAGAAGCUGAUCUCCAAGCACAAGCAGGAGCUGAAGAAGCUGCGCGCGCUGCACGAGGCCGAGCUGCUGCAGGCGGAGGAGCGGGGGGCCGAGCGCUGCGCCCGGCAGUGCGAGGAGCUCCGGCAGCAGCUGGAGAGCGAGAAGGAGGAGCGCUGCCGCGAGGAGCGAGAGUCGGCCCGCCGCGGCUUCGAGAAGCGGCUCCGCGACGAGGAGAUGUCCCUGCAGCGGCACAGGAGACGCGUCCACAAGGAGGUGGCCGACGAGAAGGAGCGGCUGGCGCAGAUGGCGGUCAGGCAGCGAGCGGAGAUGGAGGAGCUGCGUCGGCGCAUGGAGGAAAACUCCAGCGUGGCCGGACGGGUGUUCAGGGAGGAGCUGGACAAAACCAGAGAGGAGCAGGAGAGGAGGCACCAGGCGGAGAUAAAGAAGCUGCAGGAGCAUUUCGAGCAGGAGAAGAUGAACUGGGAGGAGGAAUACAGGAAGAAACAGGAGGUGGAGCUCUUGAGGCACGAGCGCCAGCUGCGAGAGGAACUGCGGCAGGAGCGCGACAAAGAGAUCCAGCUCGCGAUCUGGACGCUGGAGGAGGAGAGCAACAAAGACAAGGAGGAGUGCGAGAGGGCCGCCCAAAACAGGCUGAACCGCGUGAGGGAAACGUACGAGGCGGAGCUGAAGGAGCUGGAGCGUUCCCUGAGGGAGGCGCUGGACAAGCAACAGGAGCUGAGGAAACAACACACGGACGCACUUCAACAGCUCGACGCCGUCAAGGACGUGCUGCGGCAGAAGGAGCAAGACGUGCAAAUCGUCACUCAAAACCGGGACCGGCUCCUGGAGGAGCGCCACGGCCUGGCCUCGGUGAUCCGGCGGGAGUUUAGCGCGCGUCUGCUGCUGGCCGAGGAGGAGGCGCAGAGGACCAGGGUGGAGGCGGAUGAGGUGCGGGCCGCGCUCCGGGCGGAGGUGGACAGGAUGACCAAGGAGAAGGAAGACGAGCUCCAGCAAGUGCACCAGCGAGUCAAGUCGGCCAUCUUGAAGAAAGACGAGGCGGUCGACGCUCUGCGGAGGCAGCACGAGGCUGCUCUGAAGAGGGCGGAGCACCUGGAGGCCUUGUGGGAGGAGCAAAGGAGGCAGCUGCUGGAGAAAUGACCACAGGACCGCUAACGAACCCCCCACCACAAACUGAAGUACUUUGUCUUGUCCAGCCGCCCCUCAGAGCCCCCCCCGCACACACAAACACACUUGUGACACUGAAGGAACUCAGUGGGUUGAAGUGACCGACUUUGUGACACGACAGCUUUAAGUGACUAAUUUAGAGACUCAAAGCGACAAAGGGCUUUAAGUCCCUUAGUUGAAGUGACUUCAAAGACUUUCAAGGGGCUUAUAGUGACUUAGUGAAUUACUUGGAGUAAAUUAAGGGAGUUUAAAGGGGCUUAGAGUAACUUACUGAGAGUAACUUAGUGAAGAAUCUGACUUAAAGUGGCUAAAAGGGACCCAAAAAUGAAGAAAGUGACUUAGGGGAGUUUAAAGUGAGUUGAAGGGAAUUAAAGGGGUUUAGAGUGACUUGGAAUGACUAAGAGUGACCUAGUGUCACUGAAAGUGACUUAAAGGGGUUUGGAGUGACUUGAAAAUGACUCAAGGGCGACUUUGGGUAACUUAAAGUGGCUGAAGUUGAAUCUGUGAAGUCAGAAGUGAUGUGAGGGACCAGCUGGAACCUACUGACAAGAUUUUGCCGCCGCCCAUACUGGCCCCUCCCCCUACAGAGCAAGAACGCCUCCAUGUUCUCCUCAAAGAUCUUUUCCAGAUAUUUCUCGGAGCAGCCCGGGCAAGCCUGCACCUCGGGGGCGGGGGGGGCGGCGCUCGUCAGGGUGACUCAUGUGUUUUGUCCCCCGGGGGCGAGCGGCAGCACUCGAACAGUGUGAGUGGGGGGAAACUUCUCGACUGUUGUCAGGAGAGAAAGAAAGAGAAGAGGAAGAAAACGAAAGAAAGGAGGACACAAAUGGAGUAAGUUGACAUGUGUUUGAGGCCGCCUUCAAGCCAUGCAAGCGAGGAAAAAGAAGAUUGGAAAAAAGUUUGCAGCGGCAGAAAGUGAGCAAGCGAGGGGGGUGGGGGCUUUCCAAUGAGGACAGUCGUCAGAUCAUGUGACUUUUACGACGGGAGCAAGCAGUUCAACAAACAGCGGGACGCGAGCUGGCGUGUGCUUAUUUUCACGAACCCUUCCUGCGGUUUUCCGGCUGCUCCUGUCACAAAAACAACGUGACCGCGAGGAACAUUUUUCUGCGGUCGUCCCUCCCCCCGUCGUCCCACAGCGUUGUGGCUUUCGUACUCACAGACGUCGGAAAAGCGAUAUGGAGAUCAAACCUGAGUUGAGCUCGCUUGAACGAGGCCGAAUCAAUUUGGACGCAUCACAAACUGAAGUUACAGAAAUGUGCAGAUAUCCCAAAUUCACAUAGCUGUAUCAGAAAUCAUUUUCCUAAUAAAACAUCCUUCCCACGCUGAUAAUCAA